AACAUUUCGACUAAAAAGAAAAACAAUGAAGCAACAAGUGUAAUAAUUGUCAUGCUUUAUCGUCAAAGUUAGUGAAGCACUAUUAAACAUGACAAAAAUAAUUCACGUGAGCUACAUAACCUAGCAAUAAUCAAAGAAAACGAAUGUGAUUCAUAUUAUCAAACGGCAAAGGACUGAGACAUAAAUAAUGUAGCUCAUUCACUGUAGGAAUAACUCCACUAUAUUUAAACCGCCCAAGUGAUUCCAGGUGAAUGCGAUGAGAAAGCGCUGAAAUAAGACGCAUCGCAUCAGUCAUCGGAGCCUCACGCCAUUGGUCCGUGUGAGAAAAACAGCGCGAACGGGGAGCGGUUGCAGUGAGUGACGUCACGUGGCCACCGAGCGCGGCGGAUCAGUUGGUUUGGGAGGCAUUUCGGUUAGAGAGCACCGAAUCCGCCAAGAAUCAACACUGACGCCCCGGUACAAUUUAGACCCGAAGCAGCGCAGAUUAAGCGAGCCGGAUGGUGUCUGGCCUGUAGAUGAGCCGAGGUGUGCAGCGAUGGAGAGCGCAGCAGAGGGCAUGCUGGGAAACGGUGAUGGUGUCAGUGGUGUCUCGGUCACGCUGGAGAACGAGGCGGUCUGGAGCCGCUUCCACAGCCUGGGCACAGAGAUGAUCCUGACGGCGCGGGGCAGACGCAUGUUCCCCUGCUGCCGCUUCCGUCUGAGCGGGUUACAGCCGCACCUCAGCUACUUCCUGAUCCUGGACAUCACGCCUCUGGAUGAGCUCCGACACCGCUGGAACGGGAACACAUGGGAGCCGCAGGGGGCCGAGACACCCCUCCAGACUCCAGUGUGUUUCAGAGAUGGAGCGGUCACUGGCUUCAAGAUAAAUCCUGAUCUAAUUCCCCACGUGUGUUUCCAUCCGGACGCUCCGGCUCCGGGUCAGCGCUGGAUGGACGGGCCCGUGUCCUUCUACAAGAUGAAGCUGGCGCACAGCCCGGAGGAUCCCGACGCCGCGGUGGUUCUGCGUCCCAUGCACCGCUAUCAGCCGCGGCUCUACGUGGUUCCGGUCAGCACCUGUCCCGAGCCGGACGCUCUCGUCUUCACCUUCCCUAAAACAGCCUUCUAUGCGGUGACCAGCUACCAGAACCCUCUGAUAACCCGGCUCAAGAUCGACUGCAACCCCUUCAUGCUGGCGUUCAGAGAGGACGGGCCGAGCGCUCGCCUCAUCCAGAACAAACUCAAGCUGGCUCUGAACGGACGCUCGCCGAAACACCGCAGCUCGACACACACACACACCGAGUCCAGUGAAGAGACGCUCGUUAGAGAUGAAUCCGCUCAGCCCGUGUCCUCGUUAGCCCCUGGAUCAGCUGCGCAGGAGCCGCACAGGUCAGGGGUCAGCCGCGGGGUCAAGCGUGUUUACCGCAGGGGCUGGAGGAGCGGGGCCAGGAAAGCCAGGGCUAAAUGGUGGACUAAUGUGAAGCACCGAUCUGCUGCGGUCAGCCCCCCCACACACACCGUGUCCAUGCAGCCUGACCUGGAGCACGUGGACGGCCUGCUGUUUGUGUCCUUCACUGCCAAGGAAGCUCUGGACGUUCAUGUAGGACACAUGAGGACAUCUGAGGAACCAUCUGCAUCACCUGCAGCAGAGAAGACACCGCAUGAUACUGGCUGGAUCUGUGAGCAGGAGAAGCUCUUACUGCAUCAGCUCCAGCAGCUGAAGAACCGACAGAUCAUUCAUCCGGUUCUUCAACAAGUUGGGCUGAAGCUGAAUCUUCUGGAUCCCGCGGCACCCAUAGACCUGCAUUAUCUGGGUGUUGCUUUACCUGUACCUUCACCUGUCCUCACAUCAUCCUCUCACGCCGCUUCAGUUUCGUGCACUGGGAAGACGAGCGAUGUGACCAGGAUCAAGGGCUGGAUGGAGAAGUUUGAUUUAAAGAGUAAAGCCGACAGCUCCGGCUCGGCCGGUCACUCGGCGUUCUCCUCGGUGCUGCUGGACGAGUAUCUGGAGGCCGAAGCUCAGCGGAUCAGUGAACGAGCCGAUGUGUUUUCCUCCAGCGCUCCGGCUCCGGUGCUCUACCAGCUGCCCGUCAGGAGCACUAGCUACGUGAGGACCCUAGAUAGUGUGCUCCAGACGCGCAGCUGUGCCCCCCCCGGACGCCGUGACAAGCGCACUAAAGCGUGGAGAUCCAGACGAGGUGUUCGAGCGGCUCCCGAAGCGUCGCUGCGCUGCUCCUCCACCAGACUCCGAUGGAAGCGCAGCGUCUCUGAAGAUCCUCCUCAGCGUCCAGCGGCGUCCAGCGGAGCUCAGGGCAGACGCAGGAGAAGGUACCGGCGGCGCAGACGCACGCUGAGGUUCAACAGAGACGCGCUGGACGGAGUCGCUCAGAAGCUGACCGAGCUGCAGGCUCAGGAGGAACAGGAAGUCUCUCUCGGACAGAGUCACACUCACAUCAGCGCUGAGAGAGCCGACCUCGCUCUGAGCUCACUGCUGACCGCCGAGAGAGCGGUGCAGACGAGGCGUGUGUGGGACGGAGCGUGUGCUAAAGACUUCUGUCGUCUGGGCUGUGUGUGUGAGAGUCUGAACAGAGAAGUGCGAGGAUCCACUCACUGCAGACGUGUGCAGUGCAUGUUCAGCUGCGGCUGCUUCAGACACCGGAUCCUCCUCGUGCGCUCCGAACACAGACCCCGGAGUCUGGUGGCCUUCCCCGUGUCUGGCCCUGGAUCAGACGGCAGGCCGGAGCCGGCGCUCCGAGUCAGUGUCCUGUGGAGGAGGAGAGCGGGAGAACACGACCCGGAGCCGCUCUUCACUCCCAGAGCGUCCGGAGCGCCGAAGCGAGCCGCACAGCAUCACACUCCUGCACCACAGCCCCGGCCUCAGGUGCAGGAGACGGAGAAGGAUCCGGUUUACUUGUACCUGGAGAGCAUGAUGACGUGUGCUCGUGUGCGGGAAUACAACAGCAACCCUCCACUGCAGGUGCACUUACUGCCGGCUAGAAGAAGCGCUCCAGCUCCUGACCACACGGUCAGUGCUGUGUCUGCGUCUCAGAGUCCAGAGGAGGGCUGUGAGGCAGGAGAGCCGGAGCCCACUAAAGUGCUGGAGAUCAUCUCGGGGUGUAACUGGGAGACUCAUCGCUCUCUGGUGCUCAAAGAACUCUUCCGCAUCAUCGGCACCAGCCACCUCGCAUCCGUCUUCUACAUCCACAUCUACAAAGUGGAGCUACUCUCCAAAGAUCUGAAGAAAGACGAGUGCGGAUCCACGUUGAUUUACAAGGUCUGCGUGUCCCUCGGCCAGACGCGAGAAAAGACUCGUAAGCUGAGGAAGAUUCUGAAGAAACCAGACGAUGCGUCGCAUCUGAGCAGCUCUUCCUCUCAGAAAGUCAACACACUCAAUGUUAAUGAGAACCUGCACGUCACACAGACAACAAACACACCUGACGAGAAACAGGUGAAGCACUUUCCUCUUCUCUCUCGCGUCGUUCCCGCUGGUCUUCUGAAGGCUGAUAAGAAGACACUAGUGCAUCCUGGACCGAUAAAGGUCAAUGGGAAAGCGUACGCUCAGGCUAAACUGAUCCUGGGCCGCAUGGGAGCGCUGCAUCCAGCCAAUCGUCUGGCGGCGUACGUCACUGGCAGAAUAAAACCACUGUCUCAGAACAUGGGCCGAUGGAUUUCCAAAACACUUCAGGUCAGGACGCUCAGCGAGACGAGGGGUUCACACUCCCCUCCAGCGAUCGGUCCUUCACAACACACAGUGAGUCAAGCAAACCAGAGUAAAGAAGCAUUCAAAAUGCCUACUACCCGAUCUCGGGUGAUGCCCUGGGCUCCUAAUGGCUUCAGAUGUACUCCGUCUCCUGCUGCUUCUAAUCCUGCAGCAUCAUCACCUGUAGCUCCGCCCCUCUCCAGCGCCCCACUCACUGUAGCUCCGCCCCUCUCCAGCGCUGAGACGGUUCUCCCGGCUUCGGCUCUUCCUCCGGGGCAGCAGGUGGUUCUGCAGCCGGUCGCAGGUAUGACGGGGGUCAACAUGUGUCAGUUUAACGGUCAGAUGAUCCAGCUGGUGCCCAUCACUGCAGCGGUACCUGUGCAGGUGCAGAGCGGCGCUGGCGGAACAGAAGGUGCUCCACAGGAGCCACAGUCAGCUCAGAUGAACACAUCCAUCCCAGCAUCUCAACCCAUUCCCUUCAUCAUUCCCAGAAUCCACACAGUGCAGGGAAACUCUUCCUUUGGAAGUGUGGAAGCUCUGGGUCUCCAGAACGGUUUUCUUGGUAAAGCUGGCAUGUUUUCCUUCAGGAUAUGCCCUCCUUCUGCCGAGAGCAAGACUGCUGGUGUAGAACAGACAGGAACAGCUCCUGAGUCGACUGGAACUGGAACAUUGUUACUUCCUGGAGGAUAUAGGUUAAUAAAACUGCCCAUGUUUGUCAGUCCCAGUGUGAGCAGCCCAACGACCGCUUCUGUACCCGCUGCAUGCACCGAGAAAUCACCCGAAAACACUCAUGAAGAGCCCACCUCUAUUAAAACAGAAGCAGCUGAAGAUGGCAGUGGUCCGCUCUCAGAAGACACUUCUCCAGUUAUCAUUAAAGUAGAGUCUUACAGCAGCGAGUCUUCAUCCAAGCGUCCGUGCUCUGACCAACCUGAGCCACAGGAAACAUCGCUGCACAUCAAGAUGGAGGACGAUACGGACCAGUCCCCACAGAGCCACCCCAAAAUAGAGGAGCCAGACCCUGAGGCGAUCACAGACGUCAGUCAUCAUCCCAAAACCUCUGAAAGCAGGGAUCCCAGUGUCAGAUCCUCCAUUACUGACGUCCAGCAGCAUCUGAAGAACACAACCACUGGUGCAGGAUUGUUCUUCUCUCUGUUUGAGGGUCGCACCUCGCUGGUCUCUCCUGCGAACACUAAAGCACCCACACCCCGACCGGAGGAGAUCCAGAAGAGGAGAAAACCACAGGCUCCAGACGAUCCUCGAGCGGAUUCUGCUGAAGUCAUGUACUCCAGCGACGGAUGGACCACAGAGGACAGCAACGAGUGGUACAGCGAGGAGGAGGUGGACAUCGAGACGUUUGAGGAGUACGAUCAGAAGAUGAACAUCAGUCUCUUGAGAGCGAAGGCGAGACGGAAAACACAGCAAGCAGCUCAGAGUCAGUGGCUUCUGAAAUGUAAAUCAGCGGAGUCCCAUCAUGCAGUGUGGCGUAUGUCUGAUCUGCCGCUGUACACACGGACGUGGCGUCUGAACCGAGCGCUCCGAGAGCAGAAGCAGCUGGUCGAGAUACAGCAGAGCUUGGACUCGUUGAAGAGGAUGCUGGGAGUUGAAGAAGACGUGAUGAUGAGCACUCAGGACCUGCUCCGAGAGGCUCAGCAGAUGAUCCGAGCUCUAGAGGAACACAACACUUCUCUGAUGGCCAGCAAACGGGCCUUGAUUCGACAGCAUUCUCACUAUCAGAGCCUGAUCUCACAGCGCUCCGCUGCAGACGUGCCGAAAACAGCAGCUCCUUCAUUACCCAGAAGUCCUGCACACAGUCAGUCAGUGCUGAAGAGACGUUUGCCCGGCGUGAUCCUGCAGUCCUUCAGCUAGAGCCUGAGACCAGGAUGUGCUUCAGCUUCAGCUCAUCAUGAGAUCAGCAGGUGUUCUGGAGUCACUCCGGAGUCACUAUAGCUCCAGCUGAGGAGUGAAUCCUGUGCAUCAUGCAGCAAUACUUCCUUUUUCUGCUAAUGAUGGACAGAACUGGCCGUUUUUCACUUUUACAGCUUGUACAGUCUUUGUCUAAAGCUAUUGUGAAUUAAUAUUUCUCAGGAUAUUACUUAAUAAUGAGCUCAUUAACCCACAUUGGGGUGGUAUUUCUAUGGCUUCUCGUUUAAUACUAAACAUGUUGUGCUCAGUUUAUGGACUGUGUGAUCUUUUUGUUAGAAUAGAUUUAUUUUUGUGAUUUCUGCAUCAUGGAUGGUUGACGAGGCCGGUGUUAGUUUUCUGUUGUUUGUAAUCACUGAUUAAUCUCCCAGAGAUCUGAAUAUCUCCUAACCGGAUGGAUCUUAAAGUCAAAUCAUGUGGAUUUCCCUCUUUAUCAGAAUCAAAUAGCCUCAGAAUUGAGUUGAUAUUGUGGCCUUGUGCACAAAUAAAAUCUAAUGCCAUGUAAA